AUGACAGUUAGGCACGUCUCCGACAGAGAAAGGAGCAGGGUGGCACGGGAGAGUUUACAGUACGAUCACUUUCUCAAUAUUCCAUUACCAACAGUCUUAGUACCUUUUCUCACAGAUCAGCAACCUCAAACACUGACCAACAUUUCCAAAGAACUUGAUUUCCAAGCCAUCCUUUUUGCCAAAGGAGAAGAAAAAGCAUCCAGAGAGGCUGCGCUGCUUAAGAAGAGACCUAAGACAAGCCCUGGCGGCCUCGGGGGAGGUGGGAGGUGGUGUGUGCAGCCUGUCCGGCGUGCUUUUGUGCACAGAGUUGGCGCCGGAGCAGCGGAGUCUCCGGUCCCGGCCAGACAAUGCGCGUCUGGACAGCGGCGGCCGGUACACAGGGGCCCCUUGGCCUUAGCGUCGGGCCUGACCCCGGGGCCGCCGCCGGCGGGUGCAGAUGCGAACCGGCUUUCUCCCCUCCGGCCGCCCCGACUCCGGCGGGUCCGCGCCGGCCCGCGCGUGUUUGCAAACGGCUUCAUUGACUUCUCCAGUAUUCGUCUGCUGGCGUUGGCUUUGGAGACAUCGAAGGGGAGACUCGUGGGGCAAAGGCCUGCCGCCUCCGGAGGGUUGGCUCCCCACACACGCGUCCAAGCCGUCCGGCUGAUUAUUUUUCCAGAGGAGGCGGAGAGUCUCCAGCUUCCUGAAAAUCUACUGUUUUAA